UUGUUGUUGGUAGCUUUGUCCGGUUGGCACUUUCACGUUUUCACAAGUAGAUUUACCUUUCCAGCACGCGCAGGGUAUUACCGUGCUUUCAUAUUCAACGCAUUUCCGAUCGAAGAACAUCGUUGUCCGUGCAUUCCAAUUGAGUUUUCAUUAGUAGUGUUUCUCAUACAGACCCUGUCCAAAGAAAAUGCCUGCUCCAGCGAGUUCCACUUCUGUCGGCAGCGGUAGCCGAUCUCCAUCAAAACCCACGUCAGCACCACGGGCAUCUGCCGGAGGUUCCAGUACUUUGAAACAGCGUAAAACCACCACGACCACAACCGCUGCGAGAAAUCGUAAUACGGGUACCGGUUCGGGUGGUAUGUGGCGCUUCUACACCGAUGAUUCUCCCGGAAUUAAAGUUGGUCCCGUACCAGUGCUCGUGAUGUCGUUGCUGUUCAUUGCCUCCGUUUUUAUGCUACACAUCUGGGGCAAAUACACCCGUGCGUAAAAGUCUGAUGCGAAACCGGGCCGAUGUGGAAGUUUCCAUACUCAUCGUCAUAACCUUUCCCCGGAAUACAUAUUCUACUGUCCGUGUUCUUUUCCUGUGAGUUCAUACGUUCAGUUUUCUCAUCGAUUGGUUAGGGCAACGUCCGAAUUACCAUCGUGGAAUGUUUUGAGAUAUUUGUUUCGUCUUCGCAACCGUGAUGGUAACGAUCGGAGUAUAAGACACGGGUCUUAUGGGCCACCGAAUCGUUCGGUUUGUGAGACCCGCUACUAGCCGCUAAUUUAAAAUAUUGCAAUUCUGUAGAUCAACGUAAGGCAAUCUUUAUAAUUCGUACUGAGAGACACAAUAUAACUAUACACAUAAAGUAAACCAUCAACUGAUGUGUCCUAUCGCGAAAGUUGGAGAGUAGUGUAAUAAUGAUGACGAUCGGGAGAUCGACCAGAUGAUGUACAUAUAUCGGUGGCUUCGGAUAAAGAUUAGGUAAGUGAUGCAUUGUGUGUUACUAUUCUUAAUCAACUAACAUGACGGUCAAAAGGUUUACGUUAACAUAUUAAAAUCAUUAAUUAAAUUCAGUAAUAUUUAAAUCGUCUCGUUUUCAGUUCGUG